AUGCGUUACGCUCUUUAUACCCUCGCCCUUGGGGCAACCUCGACCCUGGCGGUCCCGGUGUCUGUGACACCGCACAAUGGUACCCUGCCGAAAGUUCCCGGCAGAAUUGGUACUCCCCUCAACAACCCGGCCAGAGAUCGCGCUGGAUUACAGUCUCGUACCUUCCUGCCUCUUCUUGAAUGGCUCGGCCACCACGGCUCUGGCACUUCCACUACCUCCUGUGAAGCAUGCGAGGCUUCCGGUAGCGCAACUAGCAGCGGCGCUGUUAGUGUGACUACCAGCGUCUGUGAGAAAUGUGAGAACGGCCACGGUGUUGGCGUUAGUGUCAGCUUCGGAACCAACCCCAGUGCCUCUGCAGGCGCCAGUGUCAGCGGAAGUGUGAGCGGAGGCGUCAGUGGUAGUGGUAGUGUUGGCGCCAAUGUUGGCGGUGGUGCCAAUGCUGGUGCGGAUGUCAGCGGAGGCGCGAAUGCCGGUGUUAGCGGUGACGCUGGAGCUGAUGUUGGUGCCAGCGGUAGUGGAGAUGUUAGCGGUGGUGCUAAUGUUGGAGGAGAUGCCAGUGGCGAUGCCAGUGGCGAUGCCGGAGCUGGCGUAAGUGCCACUGGUAGUGGAGAUGUUAGCGGCGGAGCCAACGUUGGUGGUGAUGUUGGUGCCAGCGGAGAUGCUGGUGCCUCUGGCAAUGGAGAUGUUAGUGGUGGCGCCAAUGUUGGUGGAGAUGUUUCUGGUAAUGCCACUGUUGGAGCAGGUGUCAACGCCGGCGGUGACGUUGGCGCUAGUGGUGAUGCUGGCGCUGAUGUUGGUGGCGAUGUCUCCGGAGGAGCUAACGUCGGUGGUGAUGUUGGUGCUAACGGUAACGCCGGAGCCGAUGUUGGUGUUAGUGGAAGUGGAGACGUCUCUGGCGGUGCUAAUGUUGGUGGUGAUGUCUCUGGAGGUGCCAAUGUUGGAGGUGAUGUUGGUGCUAGUGGUGACGCUGGCGCUGACGUCGGUGGAGAUGUCUCUGGCGGUGCUAAUGUUGGUGGCAAUGUCUCUGGUGGCGCCAACGUUGGUGGUGAUCUUGGAGCUGGCGGCGAUGUCAGCGGAGGAGGCAAUAUCGGUGCCGGUGUCGGUGCUAAUGGGGAUGUUAGCGGAAACGCCGGUGCUGACAUUGGUGGAGGAGCAAAUGUCGGAGGUGAUGUCGGCGCUGGUGUUGGUGCUAACGGUGAUCUUGGUGCCGGUGUUGGCGCAAAUGUUGGCGGCAACCUCGGAGGUAAUGUCGGUGCAAACGUUGGAGGCAAUCUUGGUGGAAGCGCAGGCAUUGGAGCCGACGCCGGUGUUGGUGGAGAUGCUGGCGCUGGUGUUGGAGCUAAUGCAGGCGUUGGCGGAAAUGCUGAUGCAGGCGUUGGCGCUAACGUUGGCGGAAAUCUCGGAGGCAAUGCUGGAGCGAAUGUUGGAGGUAUCCUCGGUGGCAUCGCUGGUCUUGGUGGUAAUGCUGGUGCAGGCGUCGGUGCCAAUCUCGGCGGAAACCUUGGCGCCAGCCUGGGUGGAAACGUCGGUGCAAACGUCGGCGCCAAUGCCGGUGUUGGCGCUGAUGCUGGCGCUGGAGAGGACUGCGACGAGUAA